UGUGGUUUCUGUCUUUUAAAAAAGUUUGAAAGCAGUGUGAUUAUGACAAGUCUGCGCAAUUUGCCUGUGAUACUCAGUGGAGAAUGAAUGGUCAUGUAAAGAGCAUGCAUUUUCAACAGUUUACGGAACUGGCAGCAACAUUACUCUCUCUCCUGUUGGUUAUGGCUGUUGAUUCAACAAAAACUGUGGCGGCAAGCAGAAACCAGGAGUGUGGGAAUUCUCUGCAGCAGACUUUGAAGCUCACCAGACUCGCACAGAAGGAAUCUGUCGACCUCAUCAAGACAUAUAAAGCCUCUCAAGGAGAGAUGUCAGAGCUCCUCUGCAAGGUUUCAGUCAACAACAUCCCUGACCCCAACAUCUCCGGCCUGGAGCCCUCAGAGAAGAUAGUGAGCAUCUACACGCACCUCCAAGCCUUCAUCCCACAUUUCAAACGGGUGUACGAGCAGCAGGCAGAUUUACAGAUACCCACGAGCCCGCUGCUGGCCGAGCUCGCCGGCGCCAGCGCUCGCAGCAGGAACCUGGCUGCUCUUGUGAAAAGCUUUUACCAGAGCCUUUUCCCUAACCAGCCUAUGCCAGAGCCGGCGGGGGGGCCGACGACACUACCUCCACCUCAGAACGUGUUCCAGCAGAAGGUCUAUGGCUGUGUGGUCCUGAAGACCUACAAAGAGCUGCUGUCAAAUGUUUCCAGACAACUGAGAACUCUAAAGAACAAAGUCUGCAGGAGGAGGAUACAAAUAAACACACCCUUCUGAGGAUGACCUAAGGCUGGCCUUAGACAGUCAGUUUCCAACUUUACUAAUAUUCACUGGCUUUUGAUAAAGACUUAAAAAGAAAUGUGCAUAUGAAGGUGGCUGGUACAUCAGUGUAAUGGAGCCUAUUUAUGGUAUUUAAUAUUUAUUUUCUUGUUUCUGAUAAAAAGAAAUGCUGUUAAAAGAUGAAGAGUGUCUCUAUGCAUGUCAUGUAUAUUUAUCUGUUACGUAACGUUCUACUUUGCUGGUGUACACUUAUUUACUAUAUACAGAAUUAUUAAAAGAUAUUUUGCAGCUGUA